GCAGGAACCGGCUGUAGCGACGCAGGUGGAACCGACACAGGCAGACCGAAACCGGCGGACCGGAGAACAGAGCGAUCUACGGAAAGAAAGAGAACUGAAGAUGGCAGAUGAUCCGAGCGCGGCGGACCGAAAUGUGGAGAUCUGGAAGAUCAAGAAACUCAUCAAGAGUCUGGAAGCGGCGAGAGGUAAUGGGACGAGCAUGAUUUCUCUCAUCAUUCCUCGUAAAGAUCAGAUCUCCCGAGUGGCGAAGAUGUUGGCAGAUGAGUUUGGUACUGCGUCAAACAUCAAGAGUCGAGUGAACAGACUGUCAGUGCUGGGAGCCAUUACAUCUGUCCAACAGAGACUCAAACUCUAUAACAAAGUGCCACCUAAUGGUCUGGUGGUGUACUGCGGCACGAUAGUAACCGAUGAAGGGAAGGAGAAGAAAGUCAACAUUGAUUUUGAGCCGUUCAAGCCCAUCAACACCUCUCUGUACCUCUGCGACAACAAGUUCCACACGGAGGCUCUCACGGCGCUGUUGUCGGAUGACAGUAAGUUUGGGUUUAUUGUUAUUGAUGGUAGUGGAGCUCUAUUCGGGACCUUGCAGGGCAACACCAGAGAAGUUCUGCACAAAUUUACUGUGGACCUGCCCAAGAAACACGGAAGGGGUGGUCAGUCUGCGCUGCGUUUCGCUCGGUUACGCAUGGAGAAGAGACAUAAUUACGUGAGGAAGGUCGCAGAAACGGCGGUGCAGCUUUAUGUGUCCAAUGAUAAAGUCAACGUGGCCGGACUGGUGCUCGCCGGGUCCGCGGACUUUAAAACCGAGCUCAGCCAAUCCGACAUGUUUGACCCGAGGUUACAGGCGAAAGUGUUGAAGCUGGUGGACAUCUCUUACGGGGGGGAGAACGGCUUCAAUCAGGCCAUCGAGCUCUCCGCUGAGGUCCUGUCCAACGUCAAAUUCAUUCAGGAGAAGAAAUUAAUAGGCCGAUAUUUUGACGAGAUCAGUCAGGACACGGGGAAGUACUGUUUCGGAGUUGAGGACACGCUGAAGGCCAUGGAAAUGGGGGCCGUUGAAAUCCUCAUCGUCUAUGAAAACUUGGAGACCAUGAGAUACGUCUUCAGAAUGCACGGCGCGGAGCUCAACGGCGCUGAGAACGAAGAGAAAGUCAUUUAUUUGACCCCAGAACAAGAGAAGGACAAGUCUCACUUCAUAGACAAAGAGACAGGACAGGAACACGAGCUCAUCGAGUCGAUGCCUCUGCUGGAGUGGUUCGCCAAUAACUACAAGAAGUUUGGAGCCACUCUGGAGAUCGUGACGGAUAAAAGUCAAGAGGGGUCGCAGUUCGUCAAGGGCUUCGGAGGAAUCGGAGGGAUUUUGCGAUACCGAGUGGAUUUCCAAGGGAUAGACCACCUGGAAGCCGACGAGGAGUUCUUUGAUUUGGAUGACUACUAGGUAGUCAGGACUGAACGAGGGCAAAAUCAAAGAAGAUUUGAGGAAAUAUGGAAAGAAAAAUCAUUCUUUUUUUACAGGGAGAGAGAAAGUUUGUGUGUUUUGACCCCAGACAAACAUAGAAAUCAAUCAUCUGUCAAUCAAAUUAAUGACAGGGUUAUUCAUGAGGAAUCGAGCGCUCUGAUUGGAUAAGACUCAAUACUUGGUUUUGUUUAUUCUCCACCCCUCUUUGAAUUAAAGUCACAGCACGUGUCCAGGAAGUAAAUUCACCCUGUUUUUGGACUCGCUCCUUUUGAAAUAAAAGUAUAUUUUUCUUUUUUAUCCUAUUUUCCUUCUCUUUUUCCA